ACCUUCUCGUCGCGCGCAUUUCUCAUCGUGAUAUCUCACAUCCAGAUCUCGAGGAGGACGACCGGGAAUUGCUGCUAUUGUUGUUGAUGUUGUGUCUGAUGUUUGCUGACUGAAGGACGACAAGGACCAGACACCGGCUCACGCUAGUCUUUAUCCCGACCUCCGCCAUCCCCACUCUGAUUCAAUCAGCAGCCAGCAGCCCGGAGCUGAGCAUAUCACAGACAACAAGCAAGCAGCAAGCUUCACCAACUCCACCAGCUCCUGUUCCUACCUUAUCGCCGCCUCGUCUUUGAGGGCAAACGCGAUUUCAACACUCUUUCCCCUUCUUUGUAUUUACUAUACGCACUGGCAUCUCAGCUGGAAGGCUUGAGAUCGCAUCUAGUGCCUACUACAAAUGGAGCCAUGAUACAAAUGCAGCGAUCCCUCUCCCUACCUGGGCCGGCACACGCCUCUCCUCCUGUCUCUCCCACUAUAACACAGCUUUCCUCCAGAAAUCCCACUCCUUCCCCUCCCGAGAAUUCCAUCGUGCCCCCCAGACUCCAUCGAUACCAAUCCCGCAGCCCGAGCAGACCUCCCACAGCAUACAAGGAAAAGCCAGUAGAGCGCGAACGAACCCGAAGCGCUACGAGGCAGUCCUCUCCUACUCCUGCAGCUCGCAGACAAGAUGCUCCACCAGCCGCAGCAGCCCCAAGUAACAAUGUGCAGGAAAGCCCCGUGUCUCCUACAAAGCUACCGCAACUUCCUUUGCUGCAAGAUGUCUCACAGUACAUGAAUACCCAAUUCCCCACGGCUGCCACAGCCACAGCCACUACCACAUUGGACGAGCUUGCUCAUCUAGUCCGACUUUCUACGUACCAAGAGCGGAAGCGAACCCAUUCCCGUAUCCGUUUACAGAGGUCUCUUGUAUCGACUGCCCUUUCCGCUCGUCUGGCACGAUGUGGAGAGCUAGCCCACCGUACUUUGGUUGACAAUUUUAGGGCUGAUGAGAAGAAGAGCUUUGCCAACUUGUACAAUGCCAUCCAUGAUGUCCGGAACUCAUGCGAUGCCACACGACGUUAUGCCCUCUUGGAACCCGACUUGGACAAUGCCAACGGAGGAGAGGAUACUGCCACUUUAUCAACAUUCAUGCAUGAAAUACCCCAGCGCUCCCGUGAUAGUCUACUCAAGUUUUUGACCCAGAUCCGGACAAAUCCGGAUUAUUUGGCCAGCCGCAUUUGCAGUCUUGCUCCCGCAGAGCUUUCCGCUCUGACUGUAUUUCACCAAGGAUUGGAAGCGAUCAAUUCAGUGUUACCAUUUCAUAGUCGUUCAAAAAGCCAGCUUUCAGGCAAUCUUCGGAACUCCGCGCAUAUACCCUCUCCAGUUGAACGUUUGCUUUCUUUUCAGCGUCAUGAUCCCCUGUCUGCUUUGAUACAUACAUGCUUUGCCAAUUCCGCCGGUCCAGACUCCGUGGAGGAUUUGAGAAGGACCGAUAUUUGGGCCACAGCCUGUGCCAGACUUAUCAGUGAGAGCAAAACCGGAGCGGAUCCAUUCAUCUGUUGCGUUUUGAACGUUUGGACUGCCAUGCGGGAUUGGUCUGGACGGAGUAAUAUGGAAUGGUAUCUCAUGAAAACCCUUGAGGAUGGAGCUUUCCUAUUAGGAGAAGAGGACCAGCCUGGCAGCCGAGUUCAUAUUCCGAGGAAUUCAAAGGAUUCCAUUGCCGCAGAGGAAUUUUACAGCGCCGCUGUUGAAGGACUAUUUGGAGUUGUUGAUGAUCCAGGAGCCGGAGGAAUGCCUGAAGGCCUUCUUGAACUUGGUAACGCGAUCCUGCGGAAACUGGAUCCUAAGUUGCACAGAACCACUCGCGUCUUUCUUGUGUCCAAGUGGCUCUUUUCUGUGUUCCUUCUGAGUGUGAUCAUCCAUCCUGAGUCCUAUGGUAUGAUGGCCGAAUACCACAUCACGGAGUAUGGGCGCCAGAAAAUCUUGAAAGAGGUUGUUAUGAGGGCCCAGAAACUAGUCGCAGACAUGCUUUGGAGAGACACGGCAUCAACGCCUCUGGCUAUCAAGGCCCAUAUCGAGAACAUCAUGGCACGUUUCCGGUCUAAUCGCCCGUCCAGGUCCAAACCAAAAUUACUUCCAGCCAGGUCAAUCACUUCUUUGAGAGAAACCGUGGAAGUGCAUCCGUAUUUGGUCAUGUCUCCUUCGGAUAUGAUUACCAUGGUGAAUUGUCUAUUCCCCGAGAAACGCCCCAUGUCUGGAUCUCUGUCCAACCAAACAAGCUUCAGUGGAAUCCGCUCAUCGUCCUCAUCCGUUUCGGGCAUGUCUACAAUCACGCAGUCUAUUCCUAUGUCUGCUUCUCGUACUGCCUUUGAUAAUGCCUCUGUCAUUAGCAAUAGCGGUUCUUCCAUCAUCAGUGAUUUCACGACAUCUCGUGAGCCACUUUUGGAAGAUACUACUAAUAAGCGCCUCAGCAGUUAUGAGGAUGAUGGAUAUGAGCUUCGCAUUGCCCUUUACGAGAUGACUCAAACUCUAGGCUAUGACGGAGCUUCAGGCGCAUGUCAUCCAUGUGCCGAGAAAUGGGCUGUCUUGUUCAUGUCCCCUGAUGGCCAGAUGCUUUCCACACAGAUGCUUCACGAUCCAGAUGAUGACGGAGACGAAGAAGAGUUCACGACGAGCAGCGAUAGCGAUGACGAGUCUGCACAUAUUCGACCUGAUCUGGACAAGAACUAUCAUCAACUAAGAGACUCAAUCUUAAAGUUGGUCAUGGACUACGAAAUUCCGCAGUCAUUGAAUCCGAAAACAGAAUCGAAAACGUUUAGUAACAGGACAUCCGCAAUGGAAAGUCCCAGGAAGAAGCCUCGGAGUCGACCUGGAUCAUCAGCCCAGACCCAGUCAAAGAAUCCUUAUCGCAUAAGGGAUCCUGCCACGGAGGUGGAAUCAAAGCAGGUCGAAACUAAAGCUUCCAAGCAACGCCAAGAUUCUGAUACCGAAAGGCAAACUCGAGAGGCUCCAGCAGUCCUGAUUGCCAUGCUUGAAGCCGCGGAAGCACAAUGCCAAGCCCAGUCUGACUUUGUCAAUGCUCACCUAUACUGGAAGACUUUGAAUCAAUUGCAUCAGCUUUCUUCGCCCUCUCUCAAAAAAGAUGGUUUCGCGUCUCUCUUGAGUAUAUUCUCGCGAGGCCCACGAGAUCUAAUCCGACGUUCCACCAGUGCCAUUGAAGAAUACGACGCCUGGCUGGUAUGGCUUAAGCAAUCUCAGGAACGUCACGAUGUCACUAUCGAGUCCAUGAUGAAGCGAUUGAAGGCCCUCCGAGAUAAGAUGUGGUAUGUCACAGAUGUACGAAAUUCCGCAGCUUACGAAGGCACACGGAACAUUGCUAUUGCUUUGAAAUGUAUGGCAUCGCCCAAGAAGACGGCAUUGUUGCCACCUUCGGCAGCUCGACCCCGGAACAUCUCAAAACCUACCCCGAACAACUUUCUCUUGAAGACGGAGGCUCAGGUGAUGGAUAUGAUGGCUGCUAUGGACGAGCAAGGUGGGCCUAACAAGUUGUCAGACGAACAGUCCGAAAAGACGUUGCGCUGGUUAGGACAGUUUGGCAUCGAAAACUUUUGCAAAGGGGAGGAGCGCAUUCAUCGGUUCUGCUUGGAAAUCGAAACUUGCAUCAACAAGUUAGUUGGGGAGAAUGUCAUGGAAGCUCCUGUGUUAUGGUCAACUGAGCUUUACCAUCGAGACAAACGAAUUCUCGACAGUGGACGACAAAAGGGGGACCUGUUCCUGAACGGCUUAGGAUCCCUGAGUAUUUCUGGCGAUGACGGCAGCGAAGAAGGCGGGCGCAGAGGUCUUCGAAGUGCCGACUUUCGUCCUGGUCUGCGAGAUCUCCGAACCAUGUCUGCUAGAAACAACUCGCAGCAAAGUUUCGAUUCCGGUAGAUAUAGCAUGUCUCGACUGAGCACAACAGGUGAUUUGAUGGAUUCUCAAGAUUACUUUGGAAUGGCUAGCCCAGUCUUGACAAAUGAUUCGGCUACAACCUUCUGGUCGCCCUUCCAGACACGAGCUCAGUCACCAACGACCAGUAUCAGCAGUCAUCGACCGGGCACCUCAUCUUCAACCAACGAAACAGUUAUCUCAUCAGAACGAGCAGGUCAAGCCAAGCAACGAUUCCUGUCGGAACUGAAGCAAACCUUGACCAGUCUGCUUAUCAGUGAUCUUGGCACUCUUGUGUUCGCCAAGGGAAGUGAGACAGACUCUUGGUUUUCCGGAGACCUUGGACAGGACUGCAUCGAGAGAAAGGAACGUGCGGAGAGAAGAGUACGACGUAAAACGAGGAAGCGGACUCUGGAGAAAAAGAAGAGUUUUAGAGAUCUCCGAGGCGCCCACAAUACAGAUGUACCUCCAGAAAGCGCAGAAUCUCUUGCGCAACGCAUGGAGAGAGGACCCUCCUCAAAUUCUCGAUCCACAGACCACAGCAAUGCUGAUGUACACUCAGCAACUGGUAGUUCUUCUAACAAUGAGCACAUUCCGGUUGGAACUCGGAAGAAUGUCUCCUCGAAGGAGCUUGACUCGCCAGAUUUCCCGUAUAGAAAAGCAUUCCAGCGCCUGCUUAGAAUGUUCUCAGUACACCCAAAUCCUUACGCCAAGCUAAAUGCGCUGUUUGAAUUGGAGCAUCUCAUCAUCGCAUACCUCUCUCCCUCACCUCCUCGACGACCUCGGAUUCGACAAGAUACAUUGACAGCGGCUCCGCAAUCACCUGAAAUCCAACACAUCAAUGCGUUUGGCCCCCCAGAUAACGCUGCGACGACUCCGAGAGCAAAAAAUUUGGAAGAAGCCAUCGAUAACUGCAAAGAACGACGAUCACAAACUCUCGGCCAAACAGACAACAUGUCCCCAUCUCAUCGCACCAGUGAUCGAUCGAGUAUUGCGCCAACUCCAGCAAGUACGGACAUGAUCGUUGAUGUGCUACAAGAUCUCUUCCGCGACGCAGAGAUUAGACCGAAAACUCUGUUCCGUGAUCUUCAAUUCAUUGCAUCUUUUGUCCCAGCUGCGAUUCUCGAUAAAACAGAGCGUGGCAAAGCUUUCUGGGACGCAGGACUCGCGGCAUUGGGAUUGAAGCAAGACGUCUGUCGCACUUUGAUUGAGAUUGCCGACGAGGUGGUAGUCCACUACACUCAGACACGCAAAAGCAACGUAUCAGCCAAUUCGGAUGCCAUACCACCAACCACUGCCAAUGGCGAAAUCAUGAAAUAUAGCAUGCAAGACGCAGCCAAGAUGUGGACCAUAACCGCCAAAGAAGGCGACCCGGUUGCCGAACGUGAACUGGCUAUCUUCUACCUCACACAUCCCGAAUUAGUGGAGCGCGUCACAGCUCCGCUUUCCAAACCUCGAGAGACAUUCAAGACUCUCGAUUCUCAUGGUGGCGGAGGUACAGUCAAGGAAGAGCGAGACAGAGAGAGGAGUGAUCCGGCGACCAUGUGUAUUGCCUAUCACUGGAUGGAACUCUCAGCUGUAGGAGGUGACGAAGUGGCGAAGAAAUUCAUGACGCAGAGAGAGGAGUUGAAUGCUAUUCCUUAGAGAGGGGAUUGUAUACUCUUUACGUUUUUUUGUUGUUGUGGUUGCACAUUCUUGCAUAUAUGUAAAGUCCAUUACAUUAUACCUUUAAAAGCAGAAACAAGAUAGAUAUGGGUUGGGUGGUUCUUUCUUUUUCUUGUUUGGACUUGCUUGGAUUGAGAGAUUAGUAUACAGAGAUACCUGGUGUUGGAUUGCAUUGCAUUGUCGCUGUCAUUCUGGUUUCGAGACGAAGAAAUGAAUUGUUGCAUUUAGCGGACGUUUUUUGCUUCUUGUGCUUGUGUUUUUCGCGUGCUUGCUUUGGUAUAUACAUAGAAAACUUUUCGACAGAAACUCGUUCUGGGAACGAUUGAUGAUAGGGAAACGGAACUUUGGGAUAUAGGCGUAUGAAUGAUGAAUUGUUUCUUC